AUGGGAACUCUAACGACCUCCUCUACGGCAUCAAGCUUUCCGUUAGUAAAGUCCAAAAUCGGAAGCACCAACUAUGAGGAGGAAACGACUGAAACCCGCUCGAUGACGGAGCGAAGUGGCCGAACAGACUCCAGCGGACGUUCGGCAGCACUCGAGCGGGCCUACGUGCACGACGUUUACGAAAACUGCGAAGAACCGAAUGGACAGAUCCGACCGAAGGUGGCCCAAUUUCUGGGCGGGCUCGAACCAGGUUCCCUUGUCUGUGAUGUCGGUUGUGGUAACGGGCGUUACCUAUCGGGGUUCAAUCCACUCAUCUACACGAUCGGUGUCGACCGGUGCUAUCGUCUGACACAGGUUGCGCACGGGAAGGGCGGUGAAGUAGCAAUAUGUGAUAAUCUCGAACUGCCAUUCCGUGAUGAAUCGUUCGAUGCGGUCCUAUCGCUAGCGGUGGUGCACCAUUUUGCAACGACGGAACGGCGCGUCGGAGCGAUUCGUGAACUGGCACGCAUCCUACGCAUCGGAGGUCGUGUCAUCAUUACCGUGUGGGCAUUAGAGCAACGACACCGACGGUUUGAGUCGCAGGAUGUGCUCGUCCCAUGGCAACCACCACGCUCGAAAACGGGCGGCAUUUCCGAUGACGAAGAUGACGACGAUUUUCUGCCACCGUACCACGCGUACACGGAGGACUCGACCAACUCAAGCCGAUCGGCCGGUGAUGGUGAUAGCUCAAGCUUAUCCUCUUCUUCGCCUGGUGAAACGUGCUAUAGCUUCGUGCGCCGUGCUAUACAGAAACUUGCCGGUAGUAAGCGCAGUCCCUGGUUCCUGGAGUCGUGGAGCUCGCGGGAAACCAAACACGACAGCAGCCUCGACUACGAGGACGCAAAGGAUUUGCCCAUCGAGCUCAGACGCCUGGAGGACUUCGACGACCUGCCGGAGCCGCCGCUGUCUGCUGGCCUCAAGAGCCGGAGUCUAGGUAGUAUACUAAAUCCACCACCAAAAACCAUAGUUAGAUCACGUUCAAGUGUACCAAGUUUAGGUGCUCAAAUACCUGAAUCGAAAGCGACCCCCGCCGCGGAACCGACGCCAGUGUCCCGCCGACCAAAGCUUGUGAAACAGAAACAGUCACUGUGCGACGAUGUAGACUAUAAGUUUUCCGAGUCCUCCGCACAAGCCUACCGCGAGCAUGCGCUGCGCAACGAAUCGCGCGUGCAGCUGCUACGCAAACAAAGCUCCCUAAACGAGGAGCUGAUGGCGGAAAGCCGGUUGCGCGAAAAGGAGCGCAUCCGGAAGCGCAUUCAGAAGCAAAUUUCGCUAAACGAAAGCUUCCUCUGCCGGUCACUCUUUACCAAGCGGUUGCAGGUAAUCAAGGAAGGUUUCGCGACCAAGCUAAAAACGUCGACCGGCAGUCUCGAGCGGGUCACGAAGAAUGGCUUCGUUAAGAUCAUACAGAACAUUAAAGCGGCAACGCCGGCCGCGUAUCACGGUGGACCGGCCGGCAGUAGUGGUACCGGUGGUGGUGGCCAUCCAUAUCACCAUCAUCAUCAUUACCAUCACCAUCAUCAUCCGCACGCAAACCACCAUCAUCCACACCACCUGCAUCACAACGGUCCGCACGGGCCGGCUAGCGGCCGGCCACCGUACUAUUACGAUCCGGGCGAUUGUGGACCGUGUCCGAGCGGAUGCUGCAUGGCAGGAAUGCACCCGGAGCACGGUGGGACGGGUCGGUUCGGGGGCUCGGGUGGACACCACCGAUUGUCGCGCAAUAAUUCUGCCAGCGGCAGCGGCACCAGCAGCAACGGUAGCAAUGGCAACGGUAUCAGCGGCAAUGGCAACGGCUCCAUCGGUCACGAUAAGCUCCUGGCGUCGAUGGGCAGCAGCCAGGACGAAGCGUCUAAACCGAGGCGCCACUCGAGAGAAAGCGGUUCCGACAGUUUUCGUUCUACUUUCAUUAAACGACAACGUUUUGCGGAUUCAUCCAAGGAUAGUAGUCUUCAAAGUGAUACCAGCAUCGAGUCGGAGGAUAGUUUUGCAUCUGUGAUUUACAUUCCUAAACCAGACCAACAGCAACAGCCACAGCAGCAGCAGCAAGUGCAAUCGAGCGGUGGCUGUGGUGUAGCCGGUGGUAGUAAUGGUAGUAGUACGGGUAGUAACGGCGGUAACGGUGCUAACGGUGGAACGAACAGUGUGUCCGAUUUCUUCAGCCCUGGAGCAACGAUAAACUGCAUGCCUUCCUCAUCAGUGCCAACCUCUCCAUUGGUGAUGCCUUGUCCAACACCGGCUCACUCUCCGGCGCCUCCGCGAACCAAAUCCGACUGUGUGGCUUCCGCUACCGAAUCGUCGGACGGCCACACAAGCUUCAUCACCACGUCCAACGACAGCAGCAACCAAUUCACCUUCGAAGAGACCGUUAUAUUACCGUGGCAGUUAGAGCAACAAAAAACCACGGUCAAGGAACCUGCCACGACGAGCGCUGCAAGCGAUGGUCCAACAUCCGUUGCAGCUGUAGUUCGUGGUAAAUCGACUUGCUCAAAAUCUACCACCAGCAGCACUACGAUCACCACUACGACCGGUACCACAUCCAGUACUUGCUCAGGCAAAUCUGCAUCAUCCGGGACAGGAAGCAGAAGAAAUUCCAACACUGAAGGUGUAUCACAAGCUUCCCCACAGAAGGCAGGCUCGCAGAAGAUCACACGACAGCAGAUCAAGGAUCUGCCACCGAUACCCAAGUUCCGUCGCAGCGGCAACUAUCCAAUACUGCGCCGGCAAACAUCGGCAGCCGCCGGCACUAGUACAGCGGCUCCCGUACCAGUGCCAAAGCUUCUCUCGCUCGAACUGUUCAACCCGGAGACGGACGAUCUCGACAGUGAUUCGAGUGAACCAUCGUCACCGGACUCGAUUGACAGUGUGAUCAGUGCACUGAGGCCAUCUAUAUCUCCGCUACCCGGGGCCGGCUUUUCCACUACAACCAAUCAACAUAAAACACAUCCCAGUGGGUCAGACGUGUCCGAGCCUGCUGCCGUUGGUGUACCGUCUAUACCGCCGCUCGUAGAAGCAGCUGCUGUUGUGGCGCACAAGCUGGAAGAUGUGGUAGACAUGGCCAUACCGGAACGACUCGGUGCCGAUGGAAAAUCGUUGCGAUUCAACGGACUGCUAAAUGCGACAUCCAGCUCAACCGCACUACACAUUUCCGAUGUGGACGAACACAACUCACGCCAACAUCUGGUGGACUUUGCCGAAAAACUUAGUGCCCAGCUGUUAAAGGAGCUGGAAAAUGAAAAGAAGCGCAACGAAAGCUUCGAUGAGGAUGAUGACGUGUUUGGUGUGGAUAGUAGAAUUCGGUCUAGUUCCGCAAUCGGUUCACCUCCGAUUGUUGACCCUUAUCUGAAGAAGCUAAACGGUGAUCUGCGAGAUCUCAAUCAACUACGGGCGGAGCUGCGGGAAAGAAGACUUAUGCUGGCAAACCUAUCGAACAUGGGAUCCGGUGUUGGUUUGAGUGGUCAGUUUGGUGGUAGCAAUGAUUCGCUUGGUCCGAGCUACGGUUCCUCGAUGGCUCCAAUUAUCCAGGAAGAAACGGAUGACGAUGAAGAGUUCAACGAGCUAGAAGAACGUCGUUGCAAUGGGAUGGAUAGUAUAACAGCCGGUGGACAGUCUUCCACCGGUUCAAGCGUACUGAAGGUAACCUCCGGCCUAAAGUGUAAGAAUCAUGUUGGCAAAGCCGUGGAUGACUUUGUCAUCAUACCCGAGCUAGACGAAGACGACCCAGAACUGUCCAACGAUACGACUUUGCUGAUACAGGAAGAGGAUAGCUCCGAGGAGCAUCUUCACACGUCCGAACCUGAGCGUACGGCUCUAGGAACGGUUGCUGGAGCGACUACCCACAGUGCAAGCAGUACAAUCGACAGCUACAAACGGCGUUGCAAGGUGCCUAGUUUUAACAGUGCGAAACCGUUGCCUGCACAGAGCUACGCUGGCAGUGAUAUCCAGCAAGAUAGUAGUAGUAGCAAUAACAGUAGCAGCAGUAAAAAUACAACAGCAGAUCGGUGGAACAACAGCGCCGGUGCAUCACACAACACAACGCUAACAACGACCACAACAACGACGACGGCGACGAUGCAACCAUCAACAAGCUCACUAACAACCGGUCUAAGCUCGGGAAGCAGCACAUCCACGGCACACAUCCCAGUUCCACCAAACACGGCGGGACUUUCGAUCUGUAGCGGUGGUGAGCGUAAAUCCCUGUCAGCAACAAAAAAAUCCUCAAUGCCCUCCUUUGAAUCUCAUGCCAGCGUAGACUCGUGGGCCCACUCGACCAGUACCGCCUCCCUCGACAGCCCUUCGAUUGGGGGUUCGGCGACGCAUCAUCGAUAUUAUCACGUGUUCCGGGAAGGUGAGCUAGAUGCGCUGAUCAAUCACCACGUGACGAGUCUGCACAUCGUGUCCUCUUACUACGAGCGAGCGUCUUGGUGUGUGGUGGCGGAAAAAGUGCAUGUAUGGACGAUUUAGAAACUGCUC